CCAAUUUGCACAUCAACAGAUGCCGUAUAUGGCAUAUCACUCGAGCAUGCCUGCACAUGCUCAGCAAAGUCCGCAGCAGCAAAAUCAGCAUAUUACUCAGGGGCAACAGGUCCUGCAUCAGCAAGAGCGGAAAAUGGGAUUUCCGCAAGGUGGUGAUGUUGAUUUUCAACAAGGAAAGCAAAGUGGGGUUUCUCCCUCACAAAUUCAACAAACUGGCGUGGCAUCUGUUCAAAGCUUGCCUGUUGGAACCACUUCUUUUCAGACGCCACAGAUGGGCAUUCAGUCUGGUCAAGCUUCACAGUUUGGUAGUUCUGCUGUUAAUACGCAACAAUACCCACCCUUGUCUCAGUCGCAGCAAAGUGGGAUGGAUUUCAUGCAUCAGCAACUUGGCCCCAGGUUUCAAAAUCAAAUUGGUCCUGGAAUGAUGCAUGGACAGCAGCCGAAUUUGCCCCCUGUUGGAUUAAAGAUGGGUUAUGAAGAAAAUCCACCUGGUAGAGCUGGUAAUGAUCAUUAUGUUAAUGCUAUCAAGGAUGACCCUAAUAUGGUUCUGCAGCAGCCCAAGCUUGCUGCCAUACCCUCUGCAAGAAAUCCACAUGAAAUGAGAAUGGGUGGUCUACUUUUUCAGAAUUUUCCUGGUGGAAUGAAUAACGUAACAGGGCCUGCCAUGCAUAGCACCUAUGGUCAUCCAACUGGUGGUCAACCAUAUGCAACUAAUACUCUGAUGAGGCCUCCGUCAGCAUUGAUGGGAUCCUCUGAUGCUAUUCAUCUCUCACCUGCUGAAGUCUACUGCAAAGAGCAUGAAGUAACAGCAACGGGUGACAACAUUCCAGCUCCAUUGAUGACAUUUGAGGCCACUGGGUUUCCUCCAGAAAUAUUGAGAGAGAUACAUUUUGCUGGUUUUUCUACUCCAACACCAAUUCAGGCACAAACAUGGCCAAUUGCUAUUCAAAAUCGGGACAUAGUGGCUAUUGCCAAGACAGGAUCUGGCAAAACAUUGGGCUAUCUGAUUCCUGCUUUCAUUCUCCUUAGACGAUGCCGUAAUAAUUCUCAAAAUGGACCAACAGUGUUGGUUCUAGCUCCCACGCGGGAGCUUGCCACACAAAUACAGGAUGAGGCCAUCAAAUUUGGACGAUCUUCUAGGAUCUCUUGCACGUGCUUGUAUGGUGGAGCUCCAAAGGGCCCUCAGUUGAAAGAACUGGAUCGAGGAGCAGAUAUUGUUGUGGCAACCCCUGGCCGGCUAAAUGACAUCCUUGAAAUGAAGAAAAUUGAUUUUGGGCAAGUUUCCCUUCUUGUGCUUGAUGAGGCUGAUCGAAUGCUUGAUAUGGGCUUUGAGCCACAAAUUCGCAAGAUUGUCAAUGAGAUACCUCCACGCAGGCAAACUCUUAUGUACACAGCGACCUGGCCCAAAGAAGUGAGAAAAAUAGCAAGUGAUCUUCUUGUUAAUCCUGUUCAGGUGAACAUUGGUAGCGUAGACGAGCUUGCUGCAAAUAAGUCCAUAACACAGUAUGUCGAAGUAGUCCCCCAAAUGGAGAAGCAGAGGCGCUUAGAGCAGAUACUUAGAUCCCAAGACCGAGGUUCGAAGGUCAUUAUAUUCUGUUCUACAAAAAAGCUGUGUGAGCAACUGGCACGUGGUGUUGGACGGAACUUUGGGGCUGCUGCAAUUCAUGGAGACAAGUCUCAGGGGGAGAGGGACUGGGUUCUGAAUCAAUUCCGGUCUGGAAAGUCCCCAAUAUUAGUUGCUACUGAUGUUGCUGCUCGGGGGCUUGACAUAAAAGAUAUAAGGGUGGUGAUCAAUUAUGAUUUUCCAACCGGGGUUGAGGAUUAUGUCCACCGCAUUGGCAGGACUGGAAGGGCUGGGGCAACUGGUGUGUCAUAUACCUUCCUUUCUGAUCAGGACUGGAAAUAUGCAGCUGAACUGGUAAAAGUUCUGGAGGGGGCUAACCAGCAUGUACCUCCAGAAGUAAGGGAGAUGGCUUUGCGUGGUGGGCCCAGUUUUGGCAAGGAUAGGGGUGGGAUGAACCGUUUUGAUUCUAUGGGUGGUGAUGUUGGCAGAGGUGGUGGGCGUUGGGAUUCUGGUGGACGUGGUAGCAUGAGAGACGGUGGUUUUGGUGGCCGUGGUGGAAUGAGAGAUGGAAACUUUGGUGGCCGUGGUGGAAUGAGGGACGGUGGUUUUGGUGGCCGUGGUGGAAUGAGGGAUGGCAGCUUUGGUGGUCGUGGUGGAAUGAGGGAUGGUGGUCGUGGUGGUGGGAUGAGAGAUGGCAAUUUUGGUGGCCGUGGUGGCAUGAGGGAUGUUGGCUUUGGGGGUCCUCCUGGUACUCGUGUUGGUUGGGACAGAAAUGAACGUGCCCCUCAUGAUCGGUACAAUAAUGUGGAAGGACGUGGACGUGGCAGGGGUCGGGGACGAUUUGAUAACAGAAGAGAUACUGCUGAUAGGGGUAGGGGCCCAAAUUACAGUUCCAGUCCUGAGAGGGUUAGAACAUGGGGUUAUAGCCGGAGCCGGAGCCACAGCCUGAGCCGGAGCCGGAGCCGGAGCCGGAGCAGGGGUAGGGGUUAUAGCAGGAGUAGAAGUUGGUCCCGCAGUCGUAGCCCGAGUCGCAGCUAUAGCCGAAGCCGCAGUCGUAGCCGCAGCUAUGAAAGAUAUGUGAGGCGACCACGUGUAUCAAAAUUUGAUCAGAGGGACGUGACGGUGCCAGAAGCUGAGGUUCCUCUUCCUCCUGAAUCGAGGAUGUCACCUAUGUCUCCAGGCACACAAGGCAAUGCAUUCUCAGGAGCUGAUCCUGUAGCUGUAGGGCAGUUGCCAUUGGUUGCAAGUGUUGAUGCAGGGGUCCCUGAGAGCGGAUCCAAUGCAGGGGUGGAACCGUGAAAUGAAGAUUUGCUGGUGAUUUGUAUUAGUUGAAGUGGCGUCGUCUGGUGUUCAUUUACUUAAUUGCUCUUCUCAGUCACCUUAUUAUGAAGAGAGGUAUUAUGGUGAGGUGUUUUACAAGUUGAGCUUGGGCCACUGAUUAGAUAAAACCAAUGACAAAAUGUGGUUAGACUUCUGUAUGAGUAAGCUAAAGAAACAACUUUCUACGAUUGUGUUGGUCAGUUUUAUGUUGGGGAAAUUUGAGGUUAUUUUCUUGAGGAUGGACAGACAGACGGAAGGAGGGACGGUAGAUAAGGAAGGCUCAGAGGCCAGAGAACAUUGUUUUUGUCAACAGAGGACCGGCCACCUUAUACAUUCAUCAUCUGAGUAAGGGGAAAGAAUUCAUGGUGACUUAGUUAUUAUGCCCGGUGGUCAAUUCUAUUAGCUACGUCGAACUCUAAUGCUGUUGUCAUUUCUAUUUGAAACCUGUCAUUGUGCAAUUGUGAUAGCUUUAAUAUAAAUCCUUUGGAGUUUUUCGUUUUUAAUCUUGCAAAUAAAUGGCAAUGCAGCAAGAACGAUCAAAUAAUGAUCUUUAUAGGG